UGAUUCAAUGUAUAUUUUCAAAACGUGAAAUGUUCCACUUUCCAAAGCAUGUUCCCUCCAAUCACCACUGAAUCAUCACUGAUAGGUUCUUCUCCUAUGAGCACAGCGCAGAAUGUGUCUGGGAUGCAACCAGUAGUUUAGACAGACUGCUGUGAAGAAGUUGCGCAUCACUGACGGAUUCCAGCGCCUGGAAAACCGCUGAAAGUCACGUCUUCCUUUCCCCAGAACUAAAUGGCUCGGAUUUACAACCGAUAUAACAUAGAUGAGUGAUUCGACAUUCUAAGCGUUUGAGAAAUGCAAGCGAUCGCCCGGAUUUAAAUUCAGACGUGUAACGCUCAAGCAGCUAUGCAUUUCUGUAGCUCUCUGGGCUCUAUGCUCCUCGUCCUUUUCAUCAGCAGGAGCAUGGAUGGCUCUGUCACCAGCACAGAGGAGAUCUUGCCCCCCACCAUUCAGAAACUCAUGAAGGGAUACAACAAGUACCUUAGGCCAUUCUUUGGCAAUGGGCCUGUUACUGUAGGAAUGAGUCUGGAUAUCGCCAGCAUAGACACCAUAUCAGAAAUCAACAUGGAUUACACAGCCACCAUCUUUCUUCGUCAGCGCUGGACAGACGAACGCUUGUGUUUUGAUGGCAAUAAGAGCUUGAGUCUGGAUGGGAGACUGGUAGAGCUCCUUUGGGUCCCUGAUACGUUCAUUGUGGAUUCCAAGAAAUCCUUCCUGCAUGACAUCACUGUCGAAAACAGACUGAUCCGGAUAUUCCCCAACGGAACUGUGCUGUAUGCCCUGAGAAUUACCACUACGGUGGCCUGCAAUAUGGAUCUAACCAAAUAUCCCAUGGACAGACAGACGUGCACCCUUCAACUUGAAAGCUGGGGAUAUAAUGUGAAAGAUGUGGUUUUCUAUUGGACAAGAGGAAACCAGUCAGUUAGCGGUCUUGAUCAUUUACAUCUGGCUCAGUACACCCUUGAGGAUCACUACACCUCUGAAUCUGAAGCUGUUUAUGAGACUGGUAAUUACCCAAAGUUGAUCUUCCACUUCAAACUCAAGAGGAGCAUCUUAUAUUUCAUUCUGGAGACAUACGUGCCUUCCAGUGCUCUUGUGGUCCUGUCCUGGGUCUCAUUCUGGAUCAGUCAAUCUUCUGUACCUGCUCGCAUCUGCAUAGGAGUGACCACAGUCUUAACUAUGACCACCCUGAUGAUGGGAGCCCGCACCUCUUUACCCAAUGCCAACUGCUUCAUCAAAGCCAUUGAUGUGUAUCUGGGCAUCUGCUUCAGCUUCAUCUUUGGCGCUCUGAUUGAAUACGCAGUUGCACAUUUCUGCACAUUACACCAGCCAAACGCUGCCAAUGCAUAUAUGUAUGGCCAGGAAAUGCAGGAGCGCGAGAAUGAGAUGAACGGCAUCGUCAACUCCAUUGGCAGCCACACUUUGCGGGCCCGUAAACGUGAGGAGAUGCUGUCCCGAAUGGGUAGCGCUAGCAACCCCACCCCCAGUGAGAGUAAGGAGGAGAUCAACUCCUCGCAGCCACAGACCCGCUGCACCAAGUGCAUGUCGACGGCACGCCAAAUCGUACGCUGUCUGUACUGCUGCAAAGUGGAAAACCCACACUACAUCGACAACUACUCAAGGCGGACCUUCCCCCUCUCCUUCAUCAUGAUCAACCUCCUCUACUGGACAUACUACUUGUACUUCUAAAGCUCCUGUCGUUUGUGUGUCGAGGGGUCUAUAGUGAUGUACUGUAUGUGUUUCCCUUUUUGUGUCACAGUUUUCCUAAGGGUUUUUACUCUUACAUGUCAGCAUGCAUUUCAGUUCAACUCAAGUAUGACUGAUGGUGUUCAUGAUCUGUAUGCAGGUAUGCAGGUAUGCAGGAUCUGAGUUUUGAUUCAUUAUUUGGAUAUAUUUGUACCAUGUCAAUACGUUAAAGAUGCAUCUACUUCUAUGUGUCAGGAAAACGUGGCCUUCAUUUUCAGAUGGAGCUUUAGAUUAACUGAAAUCUGCAACAAAAUCAGUCUAGCUGUAAAUUGAAGUUUAUGACCGCUGUACAACAAUUUAAAAUGGACCUAAAUGAAAGUGUGAUUACUUCUCUUAAAAAAACUAAAGCUAUUGAAACAAGUAACAAAACAAAUUCAGUACUGGUAUGUCUUGAUUAUCAGCUGCCAACCAAAAACCAAGCUGGUUUGACUAAUUUUCCCCUUGUGAUUUAUGGGAAUAUUCUCUUAGGGAUAGAAUUAUUAUGUAUUAUUUGCAUGAUUGUUUAUUAAUUCUUAUGUAUAUUUUUGUAUUUAUUAAUUUAUUAGUUUUGUUAAUGGAAUGCAUUUAUCUGAUCUGAGCUCUCUGACUUAAUUAAAGUUUCAAUAUAAAUGAAAUAGUUGACCCAAAAAUGAAAAUAUGUUGAAAGUUUUCUCAUCAUCAGGCCAUGCAGUAUGUAGAUUAAUUUGUUUCUUCACUGGAACAGCUUUGCAGAAAUUUAGCAUGACAUCACUUGCUCACCAAUGGAUCCUCUGCAAUGAUUGGGUGCCAUUAGAAUGAGUCUCCAAACAGCUGAUUCAACAUUGACAUAAUCCACACAACUCUAGUCCAGCAGUUAAGAUGCAUGUUUGUGAGUAACAAAUCCAUCAUUAAUGCGUUUAACUUUAAACCAUCGCUUUUGGCCAAAAUAUAUCCAUAAUCCAAUAAUAUUGCCUACUCCAGUGAAAAAGUCAACUGUUUUGGACUGUUUUUGCUGCUUGAUUAAGACAAGAUAUCUUUUUUCACUGGAGAAAGCUUUUAUCAGCUGUUUGGACUCUCAUUCUGACGGUACCCAUCCACUGCAGAGCAAGUGAUGUAAUGCUAAAUUUCUCCAAGCCUGUUCCGAAGAAGAAACAAACUCAUCUACAUCUUGGAUGGCCGGAGGGUGAGAACAUUUAAAUUUUUUGGUUAACUGUUCCUUAAAGAACCGCACUACAUUCUUUUUGAUAGCAGACUAUUUUGUGAAAAUGCCAAAACUGAAACAUUGAUGUGAAAAUUUGCUAAUGGCAUAUUCAACAUGCAUAUUCAACAUUUAUGCAAUGUUAAUGUCAAUUGCUCGUAUUUGCAUAUAGUUUGCAGUUCAUUUUGCUCACUGUCAACAUGUUUUUUUUUAUCAAUAUGUCAUAGCGAAUUGGUUUGUAUGACCUUUUUCAAGAACAUGUUAUCCACCUGACCUUUGUGGCUAAAUAUUUUAUUUUACUGUGACUGUCAUACUUCUUAUAGGUGAAUAUAUUUUGUGCUCGAGCUGCACAGAUAUUUUUAUGUUUUCAUUUUGCACUGAGAUUUUGAAUUACAAAGGCAAUAUUACUUUGCCAAGAAGCAUUUUGUUUUUGUAUAUACUGACUCAAUAUUGCAAAUUAUGUUGACCAGAUAAUAUUUAUUAUUAAUACUGUUAUUUUAAUAAUGCAUGAAAGUUGCAUACAAUAGUUAGAGAGACAACAGUCAUGGUGUUUUCCGUGCAUGCUCUGCAUCUUUUUCCACAGAUUUGGAUACAAUAAAUAGUUGUACAAUCCAUAAGACUGGCUUUAAAGUAAUCUAUUUCAUGACAGAACAUUUUUAAACAUUUUGAUUAAAAAAAUAUUUUAGAUGUUAUUUUGCACAUUUAUCAGUGCUCAAUACUCUCUGGAAACAAUUAGUAACAUUUUGACAAAUGUAACUUCCAUGUUCCUCUGUUCUGUACAAAAACAAAUAAUGAUGGUGAAAUUUAGCAAACGCUUGUAAUAUCCUGCCACAAAAUCCUUCAAUGGCAUCUUAAGAGUCCAACUGCCUCUUACUGGUGAGUCCAGUUCUCUGAAAUCUUCCAAAAUUUAUUUUUAUCCUCAUCUAAAUUUAUAAUCAACUCAAUUCAGAAAGAAACACUUGGCAAUACAUCUGGCAUAUUACUGCCCUUAGGAUAGUAUGUUGUCAGUGCUGAUGUUGAUGCCAAAAAGCCAGUGUUUUAACAUAAGCACUUCCAUUUAAAAAAUGAAAAUAACAGUUUGUUCUAAUUACACAGUUUAUGCACAUUCCUUUGCAGUCUUUAUAGUAGUUUAUAAUACAUUCUUAAAUUCUGUAUUGACUGGUCAAAUUUGGAUUUCAGCAUGUAAAUGAACUCUUAAUGUGUAAUAUAAUGUUUUAAUGUGAAUUUAUUUAUUUAUUUUUUAUGUAGUAAGAUACUUCACA